GUUGAUAGCAGGUUCGUGCAGAGCGCGGGAGACAAAGGGAGCAGCAGCAAAACAAAAGCAAACGAGCGAGGGGUUUGCUGUAUUCAUCAGAAAGCUUUAAACACUUGAAAGUUAACAGCUAAUCGUGACUUGUUCUGCAAUGGCAUCGGCAUCAGCUGAUAUCAAAGUUAAAGAAUUGGACAAGCGUUCUUCAGGCCAGGCUUUUGAAUUGAUCCUGAGCCCACCUGCAGCUGAAGCUAUUCCAGAAUUUCCUCUUUCUCCCCCUAAGAAGAAGGACCUUUCACUAGAAGAAAUUCAACGUAAACAUGAAGCUGCAGAGAUCAGGCGAAAGUCACAUGAAGCAGAGGUGCUGAAGCAGUUGGCUGAAAAACGAGAACAUGAGAAGGAGGUGCUUCAGAAAGCUAUUGAUGAACAGAACAACUUCAAGAAAAUGGCAGAAGAGAAACUGACCACAAAGAUGGAAGCUAACAAAGAGAACCGUGAAGCUCAACUAGCAGCCAAACUGGAGCGUCUAAGAGAGAAGGAAAAGCGGAUGGAAGAAGUGAGGAAGAGUAAAGAGAUCAAAGAAACUGAAGACUAAUUCCUUCCCCUCUUUCAUUUGGAAUUUGAGUGUUUUUUCAAACAUCCAAAGAUGUUUUCAAAUGGCCAGUGUGUUCAUGGAAAUUCAUUUGUAAAUGCAAUUGUGUGCAACUGAGAGCUGAAAGCUCUUUGGAGAAGGAAGGAUUGUAUUUGUAUGCUUUCCACCUUUUUUGUAAACAUUCUUGUGGGUUUUUUCCUGAUGUAGAUACUUUGAGCUCCUGCAUUUUUUUUCUACUAGUAGUGAAUUGAAUGGGAUUGCUGGUUCAGGUUAGUGUAUUUGUGAAAGUGUAAUUUCCAGCAUGCUUUACUGAUGUGUUACACGUUUAGUUUGUAAGUGUGUAACUAUAUAUAAACCUGCCUAACCUGUUGCACCUGUCUAACUUCAAUAAAAUUGCACAAUUGC